CGCGUCGCCGCCCACUGCAAGCACUGUACAUACACGCUUAUACUAGCAGGCAAACGGUAACUUACUCCAUAUUUCGAUGAACAUAAUCUACCUAGUCCUGCCCACCUACACUUCGUCGCUUUUUUUUUUUGGCUUGCCACUCCAAAAACUGAGUGUGUUGUUUUUAUCCCCGUCAUCUCCAGAGUUGAGGACCGCCUGGAAUAUGGAAACUUCAACGGAACCACUUGAUGCACUAACAAGCCAUGACAAUUCUCUGUUUGACUAUGACGCCGGCCUUGAUGCUGCAUGGCAACAGCCUCAAACGAACAUCACUGUAGGGUCUAAGAACGAGGACCCAACAGAGCCUAUUCUAGGGGUGGACGAUAAGGUCCAGGUUAGCAAGCACCGCCGAUUUGUUGCGAAAUUAGAUGAGAGCAGGUUGCUUUCGCACUCGGGGAUACCAAAGCUACGCCGCACGUCCAGGCAGAGGCUGAGACUGAAGGGCAAAGGGCACGAGUUUUCUGACGUCGCCCGGCUUUUGAACUUUUACCAGUUAUGGCUCGAUGAUUUAUAUCCUCGUGCCAAAUUCGCUGAUGGUCUGGCCAUGAUCGAGAAACUUGGGCACUCUAAGCGCUUGCAGACGAUGAGAAGGGAGUGGAUUGAUGAAGAGAAGCCGAAAGCGCUGGCGGCUGAAACAAACCAGCAAGUUCUCGAUGAUUUCGGUGCAGACAUGGACCCUGCUACUACGGCAGAGGCAUCUGACACAGCAUUGGGCGGAACGAUUUCUAACUCGGAACGCGGGGACAUAAUGUUCGACCUGGCACAGCUACAUGCGCCAACUCGAGAGUCAAACAAACAGAUACCUGAAAGUCGCGUAGUGGAUGAUACUCCUGAAGAUGAUGAGUUGGAUGUCCUUCUACGAGAAUUUGAAGAUGGAAACCAUGGCGCCUAGGUCUUUGUUCUGCCUGUCAAUUGCCAUCCGAAGCCGGACUAUUAGAUAUUACUGAGAUUUGAGACGCACAGGCGUUAUUCCGAACCAAGGACACGUAUAUAAUACGGAUGGUGGUGCUUUUGAGCCUAAAUCCCGCCAAGAAAGGGG